UGCACCAGACCGAACACAUCCAAAUACGCUUCUGCCACAAAUUAUUUUGCAUAUACUUGGCUUGAGGGAACCCAUAAGGAAAUCACACCAGGACCAUGACAUGAGCAUGAUGGAUAGCUGCGUUUUUUAAUGCCAACGACUCUAUUUUGCAUAAGAAAGAUUCCGAAACGCCAUAGAUAUGUCUGGUAUGGAUGGAACGGUAAAGGAGCUAAAUGGCACAGAGGUGGACAGCGAGAGCUUUUUGAGGUUCAGCCCAACAUCUGUUUCUACAGGGGCGGCAACUGCCAUAUUUGGCCGGCCUGCAAAUGUUUAUGUUUACGUCUCCAUCUUCCUCAGCUUGCUGCUUUUUCUGCUCACCCUGCUGAUCAUUGCACUUCACAGGCUGAAGAACAUCAUAUCCUCAAGUUCUUCAUACCCUGAGUGCAGCAGUGAGGCAGGAAGCUCUUUCACUAACAUGGAGAUCUGCAGCAUCUCCUCACAGAGAUCAACAGUGUCAUCGCUGUCCUACUGAAUGACAGAAAGACAUUCACACACAAAGAGAGUGACAGCUUGUUCAUACACAUCUCUCAAUGAAAUAUUAAUAUCAUUUUGUAUGUAUAACCUAAAUAUGUAUCAUUAUUAUUAGUGUUGUAUAAUAAUAAUAAUCACCAUCAUAUUAAUGAAUGUCAUUGUUUUAGAUUGGGAUUUUAAAACUGCAAUGAAUUCUUCAGUGUAGUAACUGAAUAAAAUAGUAAUAGUAAUCAUCCACAAAUGUUGCCUUUGUAGACCAUGUAGACUAUGUACACCUUGCAUGUACAUAAUGACCUGUUUAAAAACUGUCACGCUGACUUAAUAAGGAAAUGUGUAUAUUAACAAAAACAAUUCUGUUAGACAAUGGAUAAACUUUAAUACAUAUAUAACAACAUGUCAUCUUUUG